GCAGGCGCGCGGCUCAGUAGCCCUGCCGCAGGCCCACUGGCCAUGGACGGGACAGCCAGCCUGAGCGCCGUGGGCCGCCCCCAGCACGCCUCUGCCAUCCCCGUGCCCCGCGCUGCCUCGCAGAGCAGGACCCAGACCCCGGCGGCAUCACCCCAGCUGCAGCCGCGCCAGGCCAGCCUGGCCCUGAGCCCCCCGCGGGCAGUCUCCCCGAGACUGGGCAAGGCCGGCGGUCAUUCCAGGGGCUCGUCCCCUAAGGCCCCCUGGGGGAAAGGCUCCCCCAAGGCCACAGGGGCACCGAGGGAGCUGUCUGAGGGGGCGGGGGCUCCCGCCGGCUCCCCCUGGAGCAGCCCCCGUGCGGCCCCCAAAGAGGCCCUGGCCAGCCGGGCUGGGUCGAGAAGAGCUGGAGAGACACGGGGCCCCCCGGGGCAGAAGAGGGGGGCCCAGGAGGGGACCGUGACCCGCCAGGCACGCAGCAGGAGCCCCUCCCGUGCCAGCUCCUGUGGAGACACUCAGAUACUGGGGACUCCUGAAGCUCGAAAGCCCUCCAACCACCCAGGGAAAGAUCAGGGAGACGCUCCCGGCACAAGUCCCGGGGUGCCCAGGCCUCUGGAGCCUGAACCGCGGGCGGCGUCGGGGCCUCCCUCCCUGUCAGGCAGCCCCGUGCGGAGCCGACGCCCGGCCCCGGGCGCCGUCAGCUUCGGCCCGGCUCACCCGCACGGCCAGCCCGCCACAGCCACCGUGGCCCCUUUCCGGUACAGGGUCCAGGCCGACCCGGAGCCAGGCCCCCUCCGCCAGGGCAGCUGGGCCUCUGACGGCCACUCCAGCCCCCGCGGGGUCGCUGAGGAGGAACUCUCCCGCCGGGACGCCCGGAUCGUCCAUGCGCUCCUCGCGGGCAGAAUGCUGGGCGGCAGCGUCAAGAGCGCGCAGCCCGAGGUGGAGCUGAGCGGCGGCGGCGGCGAGGGCGCGGACGAGCCUCGGGGCGCGGGACGGAAGGCGGCGGCGGACCGCAGAGCCAUGCUGCCCCAGCGCGCCAAGGCGCCCGGCGGCGGCGGCGGCACGGCCAAGGCCGGCGCGGCGGAGCUCAAGGUCUUCAAGUCCGGCAGCGCGGACGGCCGAGUCCCCGGCGGGCCGCCCGCCUCCAACCUGCGCAAGCAGAAGUCGCUCACCAACCUCUCGUUCCUCACGGACUCGGAGAAGAAGACGCAGCUGUAUGAGCCCGAGUGGAGCGACGACAUGGCCAAGGCGCCCAAGGGCUCGGGCAAGGGCGGCCCCAAGGCCCGCGAGGCUCCGCUGAUGUCCAAGACGCUGUCCAAGUCCGAGCACUCGCUCUUCCAGGCCAAGGGCGGCCCGGCGGGCGGCGCCAAGACCCCUCUGGCCCCGCUCGCGCCCAGCCUGGGGAAGCCAAGCCGGAUCCCGCGCGGCCCCUACGCCGAGGUCAAGCCGCUCAGCAAAGCUCCCGAGGCGGCCGUGAGCGACGACGCCAAGUCGGACGACGAGCUGCUCUCCAGCAAGGCCAAGGCGCAGAAGGGCUCCGGGCCAGCGCCCACCGCCAAGGGCCAGGAGGAGCGCGCCUUCCUCAAGGUGGACCCCGAGCUCGUGGUGACCGUGCUGGGAGACCUGGAGCAGCUGCUCUUCAGCCAGGUGCUGGACCCUGAGUCCCAGAGAAAGAGGACCGUGCAGAAUGUCCUGGAUCUGCGCCAGAACCUGGAGGAGACCAUGUCCAGCCUGCGAGGGUCCCAGGUGACUCACAGCUCCCUGGAGAUGACUUGCUACGACAGUGACGACGCCAACCCCCGCAGCGUGUCCAGCCUGUCCAACCGCUCGUCGCCCCUUUCCUGGCGCUACGGCCAGUCCAGCCCACGGCUGCAGGCCGGGGACGCGCCGUCGGUGGGCGGCAGCUGCCGCUCGGAGGGGCCGCCCGCCUGGUACAUGCACGGGGAGCGCGCGCACUACGCGCACACCAUGCCCAUGCGCUCCCCAAGCAAGCUCGGCCACAUCUCGCGCCUGGAGCUGGUUGAGUCCCUGGACUCGGAAGACGUGGACCUCAAGUCCGGCUACAUGAGCGACAGCGACCUCAUGGGCAAGACCAUGACGGAGGACGAGGACAUCACCACUGGGUCUGCCCGCUGCAUAGACACUGUGAGAGGCGCACUGGCACCGGACCUCGGUCCUGCCCCUCGGGAGACUGCCUGCAAGGCGGAUGCUCCAGGAGAGCCCGAGACGUGCUGGGAUGAGAGCAGCUCCAUCAGCAGUGGGCUCAGUGAUGCCUCCGACAACCUCAGCUCCGAAGAGUUCAAUGCCAGCUCCUCACUGAACUCCCUGCCCACCACGCCCACGGCGUCUCGCAGGAACUCGACAAUAGUGCUGCGCACAGACUCGGAGAAGCGCUCGCUGGCGGAGAGCGGGCUGAGCUGGUUCAGCGAGUCGGAGGAGAAGGCCCCCCGCAAGCUGGAGUAUGAUAGCGGCAGCCUGAAGAUGGAGCCUGCGGGGUCCAAGUGGCGGCGGGAGCGUCCCGAGAGCUGCGAUGACACGUCCAAGGCCGGGGAGCUGAAGAAACCGGCCGGCCUGGGCCCGCCCGGGCCCCUGAAGAAGGGCAAGACCCCACCCGUGGCGGUCACCUCGCCCAUCACCCACACGGCCCAGAGUGCCCUCAAGGUCGCAGGCAAACCCGAGGGCAAGGCCGCCGACAAGGCCAAGCUGGCUGUGAAGAGCGCAGGCCUGCAGCGCUCCUCCUCGGAUGCCGGCCGUGACCGCCUGGGCGAUGCCAAGAAGCCUCCCUCCGGCAUUGCACGCCCGUCCACGUCAGGGUCCUUCGGCUACAAGAAGCCCCCUCCUGCCACGGGCACGGCUACCGUCGUGCAGACCGGGGCCUCGGCCACGCUCGGCAAGGCCCAGAAGUCCUCAGGCAUCCCUGUGAAGCCAGCGAAUGGGCGCAAAACGAGCCUGGACGUGUCCAACAGCGCAGAGCCCGGGUUCCUGGCCCCAGGCGCCCGCUCCAACAUCCAGUACCGCAGCCUGCCACGGCCGGCCAAGUCCAGCUCCAUGAGCGUGACUGGCGGGCGUGGCGGCCCCCGGCCCGUCAGCAGCAUCGACCCCAGCCUCCUCGGUGGCAAGCCAGCGGGCCUGGCGCCCUCCAGGCUGAAGGAGCCCUCCAAGGUGGCCGGUGGGCGGGCUGCCCCUGCCCCCGUCAACCAGACGGAUCGCGAGAAGGAAAAGGCCAAGGCCAAGGCCGAGGCGCUGGGCCCCGACAGCCUGUCCCUGAAGAGUGUCGGCUCUCCCGAGAGCACGCCCCGGAGCCAGGCAGGCCACACCCCGGCCCCCAAGCUGGCGGAGUUGCCCCCCACCCCACUCAGGGCUGCAGCCAAGAGCUUCAUCAAGCCACCGUCCCUCGCCAACCUCGACAAGGUCAACUCCAACAGCCUGGACCUGCCAGCGUCCGGCGACACCCACACGCCCAAGGCCGCGGACUUGCACACUCCCGGCCCGGCUGCCGGGGGCCCCCUUGCCUCCUGCUUCACCCCCAGCCCGGCCCCCAUCCUCAACAUCAACUCGGCCAGCUUCUCGCAGGGCCUGGAGCUCAUGAGCGGCUUCGGCGUCCCCAAGGAGCCCCGCAUGCACCCCAAGCUCUCGGGGCUGCACCGGAGCAUGGAGUCCCUGCACAUGCCCCUCAGCCUGCCCGGCACCGCCCCCGCCCCCGCCCCCGCCGCGGGGGACGCCGAGGAGCUGGCCUGGAGCGGGAGCCCCAGGGCCGGGCAGCUGGACAGUAGUCAGCGGGAUCGGAACACUCUCCCCAAGAAGGGGCUCAGGUACCAGCUGCCUUCCCAGGAAGAGGCCAAGGAGCGGCGACACUCCCAUGCCGUGGCGGGGCUGCUCGAAUCGGACGACCAGUCGGAGCUGCCGUCGCCCCCUGCCCUGUCCAUGUCCCUGAGCGCCAAGGGCCAACUCACCAAUAUCGUGAGCCCCACCGCGGCCACCACGCCGAGAAUCACCCGCUCCAACAGCAUCCCCGCCCACGAGACGGCCUUCGAGCUGUACAGCGGCUCCCAAAUGGGGAGCACCCUGUCCCUGGCCGAGAGACCCAAGGGGAUGAUCCGGUCAGGAUCCUUCCGAGACCCUGCGGACGACGUUCACGGCUCUGUGCUCUCCUUGGCCUCCAGCGCCUCGUCCACGUACUCCUCAGCUGAGGAGAGGAUGCAGUCUGAGCAAAUCCGAAAGCUUCGCAGGGAACUGGAGUCGUCCCAGGAGAAAGUGGCCACCUUGACCUCUCAGCUCUCGGCCAAUGCCAACCUGGUGGCGGCCUUUGAGCAGAGCCUGGUGAGCAUGACCUGCCGCCUGCGGCACCUGGCCGAGACCGCCGAGGAGAAGGACACUGAGCUGCUGGACUUACGGGAAACCAUAGACUUCCUGAAGAAGAAGAACUCUGAGGCGCAGGCUGUCAUUCAAGGGGCCCUCAGUGCCUCAGAGGCCACGCCCAAAGAGCUCCGGAUCAAGAGGCAGAACUCCUCCGACAGCAUCUCAAGCCUCAACAGCAUCACCAGCCACUCCAGCAUCAGCAGCGGCAAGGAGGCCGAUGCCAAGAAGAAGAAGAAGAAGAGCUGGGUCUACGAGCUCCGAAGCUCCUUCAACAAAGCCUUCAGUAUAAAGAAGGGGCCCAAGUCAGCCUCCUCCUAUUCUGACAUCGAGGAGAUCGCCACGCCCGACUCCUCCGCCCCCUCGUCCCCCAAACUGCAGCACGCGUCCACCGAGACCGCCUCACCCUCCAUCAAGUCUUCCACCUCGUCUUCUGCGGGUACCGACCCCCCCGAGGGCCCCGCUCCCCCGGCCCCCCACGCCCGGCUGUUCCAUGGCAGCGAGGAGGAGGAGCCGGAGAAGAAGGAGGUGUCCGAGCUGCGCUCGGAGCUGUGGGAGAAGGAGAUGAAGCUCACAGACAUCCGCCUGGAAGCCCUCAACUCGGCCCACCAGCUGGACCAGCUGCGGGAGACGAUGCACAACAUGCAGUUGGAGGUGGACCUGCUGAAAGCAGAGAACGACCGGCUGAAGGUGGCCCCAGGCCCCUCGGCGGGCUCCGCUCCUGGGCAGAUCCCGGGAUCGUCGGCUCUACCCUCCCCUCGUCGCUCCUUGGGCCUGGCGCUCACCCAUUCCUUCAGCCCAAGCCUCGCAGACACAGACCUGUCCCCUAUGGAUGGCAUCAGCACCUGUGGUCCAAAGGAGGAGGUGACUCUCCGGGUGGUGGUGAGGCUGCCCCCCCAGCACAUCAUCAAAGGGGACUUGAAGCAGCAGGAGUUCUUCCUGGGGUGCAGCAAGGUCAGCGGGCAGGUUGACUGGAAGCUGCUGGACGGCGCUGUUUUCCAGGUGUUCAAGGACUACAUAUCUAAGAUGGACCCGGCCUCCACGCUGGGACUGAGCACCGAGUCCAUCCACGGCUACAGUGUCAGCCACGUGAAGCGGCUCCUGGACGCGGAGCCCCCAGAGUUGCCCCCCUGCCGCCGAGGGGUUAACAACAUAGCAGUCUCCCUCAAAGGCCUCAGGGAGAAGUGUGUGGACAGCCUGGUGUUCGAGACGCUCAUCCCGAAGCCCAUGAUGCAGCACUACAUCGGCCUGCUGCUCAAGCACCGGCGGCUCGUCCUCUCGGGCCCCAGCGGCACCGGCAAGACCUACCUGACCAACCGGCUGGCCGAGUACCUGGUGGAGCGCUCCGGCCGCGAGGUCACCGAGGGCAUCGUCAGCACCUUCAACAUGCACCAGCAGUCCUGCAAGGACCUGCAGCUGUAUCUCUCCAACCUGGCCAAUCAGAUAGACCGGGAAACAGGAAUUGGGGAUGUCCCCCUGGUGAUCCUAUUGGAUGACCUGAGUGAGGCAGGCUCCAUCAGUGAGCUGGUCAAUGGGGCCCUGACCUGCAAGUAUCACAAAUGUCCCUAUAUCAUUGGUACCACUAAUCAACCAGUAAAAAUGACACCCAAUCACGGCUUGCACCUGAGCUUCAGGAUGCUGACCUUCUCCAACAAUGUGGAGCCCGCCAACGGCUUCCUGGUUCGCUACCUGAGGAGGAAGCUGGUGGAGUCGGACAGCGACAUCAACGCCAACAGGGAGGAGCUGCUGCGGGUGCUGGACUGGGUGCCCAAGCUGUGGUACCACCUGCACACCUUCCUGGAGAAGCACAGCACCUCUGACUUCCUCAUCGGUCCCUGCUUCUUUCUGUCUUGCCCCAUCGGCAUUGAGGAUUUCCGGACCUGGUUCAUCGACCUGUGGAACAAUUCCAUCAUCCCCUACCUACAGGAAGGGGCCAAGGACGGCAUCAAGGUUCAUGGGCAGAAAGCUGCCUGGGAGGACCCAGUGGAGUGGGUCCGGGACACUCUUCCCUGGCCCUCAGCCCAACAAGACCAGUCAAAGCUGUACCACCUGCCACCCCCCACCGUGGGCCCUCACAGCAUUGCCUCGCCCCCCGAGGACAGGACAGUCAAGGACAGCACCCCCAGCUCCCUGGACUCAGACCCACUGAUGGCCAUGCUGCUGAAGCUGCAGGAAGCUGCCAAUUACAUCGAGUCUCCAGACAGAGAGAGCAUCCUGGACCCCAGCCUCCAGGCCACACUCUGAGGGCCCAGCGGCCAGUCACGGGACAGCGGGGGGGCAGGACAGUGCCAUGCCAUCCCCUCUUCCCUGCUCCCUCCCAGCGCGGGCUCUCCAGCCCCAGGACAGGAGGGGCCGUGGAGGAAGGGGCAGGUUCCUGGUGCUGCACCUUGGCAAACUCCCUGUGGGACUGGCAGGUGGACUUGCGUCCCAAGACCCAUCUCCUAGUCUCCUCCGGUGACUUUGGGGAGAAGAUCCUGGCUCUUUUUCCUUGAUUUCUUGUCUCAAUUACAGACUCCGGGGCUUUCUGGGGAGGGGUUCAGAAGACAUCAAACAAGCCUGCGGUAGUUCCUAAUUCUCACGAACGGCUCAGAGACACAGCCUCGCCGGGGGAAGUCUUCUGGGAGGAGGCGGCUCCCAGACCCUCCCUUGGACCCUGCCCAGUUCCAUCCACUGCCAACAGCUCUCCCUGCCCCCAAGAUCAGGCUGCAGCCCAGGAAAAAAAAAAAAAAAAAAGGCAUGUGGUUUACAAAGUUUAAAUCAACCUGUAACAGGUAUUUUAAAAAAGGAAAGCAUGAAGCUGGAGGGAGGAAGUUCAGUGGCAAGGUGCACUACCGGCCCCCCCUGGACACGCUGGGGACACCAGCGAGAUGGCCACCCACCUGAGACGCGGCCAGACCACGAGGACGCCACUGCAGCCUUCAGAGAAGCGCCACCAGCUCUGCUCACAGCAUCUAAGUCAGCACACGAAUCAAUAAAUCCGACUUUUUGUUUUGUUUUUUUGUUUCCAUUUUUCCCUCCCAUUUGCCUAUUUAUUCCCCUCUUCUUUCUCAGCUUGUUUUCCUGUACCCUCACAAGUCCAUGAAAUGCUCAAGCUGCUUUUCCUGGGGCUGGUCUGGCUUUUCCAGGUCACCCUGUGGAGAGCCCAGUGCCAGGCAACCCGCACCCGCAAUGUGGAGAGCCCAGUGCUGGGCAGUGCGCACCCGCAAGAUGCCUGCCACGCAGUCGCACCUGGCACUCCAGGGCUCUCAUGGGACCUGAAGAGCCAGCUCAGCAGUGGGACAGGAGGGACCUCGAGUCCCACACGUCUUGCCUGGAGCAUGGCGGCCAGUCUCUGGAGGAGAUCGUGGGCCCAUCCUGACAGAAGACCUCAGCUGAGCUUCCCCGUGGACUGGAGGGAAACCAGAACCUGGAAAAUCUCCCUCUGUGGCCUGCGGAGCCCUCACUGCACUGUUCGGAUGGCAACUGCUCUGCCCGGCUGAAUCCAGAAUCCCUGGCUGGCCUUUACUGUUGGCUCUGAACAAGCGAAGAUUCACUUGGAGUGGACACCCGUGUGAGACGCUCCCAGUCAGAAUAGGAUGAGUCUGAUUCGGUGGCAAAGAUCUGCCUUCCAAAGGGGUCCACCUUUUGCAGAAGUUGCCCUGAAGGCUCGGCAGUCCCGAUUCCUUCAUUGGACAAGCAUUUAUUGGGCACUUACUGUGUACCAGUCACUGGGUAUAAAAAAAGAAGGUGUGAGUACUGACAUUCACUGUCUACUAGGAAACAUUAACCUCCACUGGACACACAUCUCCUUAUCUCGUGGACCUCAGGGUCGCCUGAGAAACGGCGUCCAAACCGCAGGAGCCAGCCGUCGAGAAGCCCGCGGUUAACUGCCAGUGCACUGGGUUGCCUGGCGAGGCUGUGGUUCUGGGCUCUGCAGACCAGGCAUCUGUGAUGCUCUUUGGAGCCCCGAGUAGCACACACACUUACCAGAACCUACAGGCACAGCAACCACUAACCUGGAUCUCUCUGUCCCACCAAACCAAGGAGCGGCUACAUCUGAACCUUCCUACUAGAAGAGGUUCACUUAGGUCCAAAAGGUGGUCAGAUUGCUUCUUUCAGAAGCUUCUGCAUUCACCUGGCGGCUCCCAGGGAUGACGGAUCUUAUCUGCUGGAGGGGAUGUCUGUUGCUGCUAGAGCUGUGAAGACCCCAACCCUGCCAGAAAAUAUGCAAUUCUCCCGCGGGAAGAGGCUGUCUGUCCAAGGAUGGUGCUGACAUCACUGCCUUAAGGUCUCUGCCACGCAGAAGGAGGCGGCCCCGGAGCGGGGCGUCCCAGCCUGGAAGGACGAGGAGACACCUCGCCAGGUGGGCCUUCCCCGGGCGCUGGCCUCUCAGCCCCACCUUGGCUGUCGACCCGCGGCUGGGCUCCGGCUCCAGCGCCGUCUCCCCCAGGGCUGAGCCCCAUCUCUGUUCUCGGUGCUGCCCGGCCGGUGCCUUCUGUCCUGGGUGUUACUGGCUACUUGAGAAAAAGGAAAGGGCUGACCCCCUUCCUCCAUUCCAGCUGCCUCAGACCCCCCCUGCAGCGAUGCCUGCCUCCCCGGUCAGCGUGGAGGCCACCGUGCAGUCUGCCUGGACCUCAGCAGGUUGGCCCUGGCAGCCUCGGGUUCUUGCGCCUCAUCUCAGCCCUGGCCCACCGAGCCAACGGUGGCGUUGGGCUUCACUCUUCAGCUGCUUGCCUCCAGAAAGAGGGCUCCCGUCCGGCGAGGGGGCACCACCCACCGCUGUCCCUCUGGAGUCUGGACUCUGUUUCCAGUUGUCCACCUGGGCCCCGGGCUGUGGGCGGCCGUCAUCCCCCAGGAAUGGCGGCGACGUGGCGACUGCGGCCGAGCCUCACGGUGCUAGGCCCCUCGGCGCUCACGCGGGCCCCUCUGAAGCCACCCCAGCCCCGCCGCCCUGGACUGAGCGGCCAGCACAGACCCACAGCAUCCCCUCCCUCCUGUGCCCCUGCUUCUUGGCUGAGAUGCUGGGACCCUCAGAAAGGGGCGGCCAGGUCCCGGGACUAAACUCGCACCCCAGCACCUUGAGAAAACCCAGCCCCUCCAGGACCGGACUGGGUGCCGCCCCCUGCCGCCCCAACUCCCCUCCUCACCGCCUCUGGCGAGCAGACCGCCUGCCCUGGCGCCCAGCCCCGCUUCCGGGCAGAGGUGCGACCACAGCCCCCACCUCGGGAUGGGGACCACCGCCUUUUGUCCAGUGUGUCUGUCCCCCGCUCCUGCGUAGGCACCAGAAAUAAAGCGCGAGGUGUCGAGCCGGCAGAGGACGUGCUGUCUGUGUGUCUCUGGGAGCGGCUGGCGGCUGCCGCCGCAUCUUCCAAGGCAGCUCCGCGGUGCUUGUCUGCGCGCGUCUCGUCCUGGCGUCUCUGUUGCGUGAUCUGCGUGUCGGGAAGCCGGAGGCUGGCUGAGGUCUUGGGGGUCCCCUUGCAGAGUCCAAAGUGGUCUGCAGGCUAAGCUUUGGUUUGAAUGACCAACUCGUCUGCCCAUCCUCCUUGAGGACCUAAGACAACAUAGGCAUUUUUUAAAUUUUUUUCUUUCUUCCGCUUUUCCUGGUUUGGGCCUAAUCUCAUCUCUUCACUUCGAACUCCUUGCAACAAGACCCCAGGUAUUCAGAGGGGCACCUCGUCAGUCUCAGAGGUCACUUUAUUU